UCACGUCGGGAGGGCGGUGCGGAGGAGAGAAAGAGAGGGAGCUACGUGUUGCUGCGCAGCAACAGAUAGAAAGGAGAUCCAGAGAGAAACACAGAAAGGAAUUCCCCCUGCUCAGAAGCGGCUGUCGCGGGGCGUAUCAGUCCCACUGGCUCCCAGAAUUUACUGAAAUAAACGCAACCUACCUGUAGCUGGAGGCGCUGCAAACAGCCCAUGAAUGAAGGAUGUAAAGACCGGCAGCUGCAGCGAGCCUGCGGGUGCAUUCGGACACUUAACAGGAGCAGAUAGUGUUCCCUGUCUGAAGGGGAAAUUCUUUUUGAAACUGAAUCGUCUUCCUUUGGACGAGUGUCGUCCUCUUCUCGUCAUCACAGAAACUGACCUGUGUGGAGCUCAAAGGACAAAGGUCCUUUUGUCUAUUGGCGCCCCGGAGGUUGUCUAACUGCGAAGUGCCGCCACCAAAAAUAAACAUUCUAUGGAGAUAUUGUCGAAUUGAUCGGACGUUUAAAGCAUGACGGGUCAGGUCCUUAGGGACGCGACCGCUGGGGCUCACAUGGAUGACACCGCGGGCAUCCGCAUCAACGUGGGCGGCUUCAAGAAGCGUCUCCAGUCGGACACACUCUCCCGUUUUCCCGAGACCAGGCUUGCGCGUCUCCUCCAGUGCCAGUCCAAAGAGUCCAUACUGGAGCUGUGCGACGACUACGACGACGCAGAGAAAGAGUUCUACUUCGACAGGAACCCCGCUCUUUUCCCGUACGUGCUGAAUUUCUACAACACGGGGCGGCUGCACGUCAUGGCCGAGCUGUGCAUCUUCUCCUUCAGCCAGGAGAUCGAAUACUGGGGCAUCAACGAGUUCUUUAUUGAUUCCUGCUGUAGCAGCGCCUACCACUGUAGGAAAAUGGACCAGGACAGGGAGGACUGGGAGGACAGGAGCGACGACGGAAGCACCACGUCGUCGUUCGACGACCUGCUGGAGUUUUACAACGACGCCACCAAGUUUGACAAACAGCUGCUCGGGAGCGCACGGAGACGCGUCUGGCUGAUGCUGGACAACCCCGGCUACUCUGUGGCCAGCCGUGUCAUCAGCAUCCUCUCCAUCCUGGUGGUGCUGGGCUCUAUAGCCACUAUGUGCAUGAACAGCAUGAGCGAGUUCAGCGUGCUGGACAGCAAGGGCGAACCCACGGAGGACCCACGGUUUGAAAUAGUGGAGCACUUCGGGAUCGGCUGGUUCACUCUGGAGCUGCUGGCCCGGUUCGUGGUGGCUCCGGAUCUUCUGCACUUCUUCGACCACCCGCUGAACGUCAUAGACCUGGUGUCAAUACUUCCUUUUUAUCUGACACUCCUCAUAAACCUGGUGGCGGAGAGCACCCCCGCGCUGACCAACCUGGGCCGGGUGGCGCAGGUUCUGCGGCUCAUGCGAAUUUUCCGCAUCCUGAAACUGGCCCGUCACUCCACGGGGCUGCGCUCCCUGGGGGCCACUCUCAGAAACAGCUACAAAGAAGUGGGCCUCCUGCUUCUCUACCUGGCGGUCGGCGUGUCCUUUUUCUCCGUCAUGGCCUACACGGUGGAGAAGGAAGACAGCGAGGAUCUCUCCACAAUUCCCGCCUGUUGGUGGUGGGCCACCGUCAGCAUGACCACCGUGGGCUACGGCGACGUGGUGCCCGUGUCCAUAGCGGGCAAAUUGACCGCGUCGGCCUGCAUCCUGGCCGGGAUCUUAGUUGUUGUGCUUCCAAUCACGCUCAUUUUCAACAAGUUUUCCCUUUUCUACAAAAGACAAAAGCAGCUCGAGAUCGCAAUGAGAAGCUGCGACUUCGAUGACGGCAUAAAAGAGGUCCCUUCGGUUAACCUGAGGAACUAUUACGCUCACAAAGUAAAAUCUCUGAUGGCCAGCUUGUCAAACAUGAGCCGGAGCUCGCCCAGUGAACAGAGUCUGAAUGAAUCUUUACAGUGAGGCUGUCGCCUGAAGGACGCUCAUUCAGGAAGAGGCUGUGGAAGGAGCUGGCCAGGGUGCUGACACCGCUGAGGGCGUCUGCUUCUCACGCUGCCUCUCUGUAGCUCAGUGCAAUAACAUGUUAAUGUCUGUGUCAGUUCCAGUGAGACGGUAUAAAGUAUCAGGCAAAAAUAUUGAUUAUGAUUACUCACCUGCACUUUCAGAGGGAAAAUUCGGUUUCGUUGAAGUGAGGUUCUUUGAGGUUAUUAGUAAAACUUGUAGUCCCCCUACACGAAGUAGAAACAUGUCAUAUCACCGUGAGUCUGUUGAAAAGACAAGAACAUAUUCAGGCUAAUAGCUAGUUAUAUUAUACAAUUUUAAACAACUCCAACCUGAAAAUGUUCAUAUCUUUGCGAUGCAACGCUAUGUUAAUGAAUAGCUUUUGCUGUGUUUGAUCUGUCUGGGAAGCUGGAGCUGGGAAUGAUGUCUCACAUGAGAUGAGAGACUUCUGGUUGUUUAUUUGGUGCUUAGAAAGAUCAGAUAGAAGCUGAUAAUAUAUUUUCUCUAUUUUCUCUGUUUCCCAUGUUCACUAUUUGACU